AUUGCAAUUUGUGCAUCGUAUUUGCAUGUGGCGACACGCAUGCUCCUUCCGCGCGGCGGUGUGCGUCCGUCCACCACUGUUGAACCAAGCCCGCAUAUUCAGCAGCCAAACGUCUCCAGUGCCAUGGGAUUCCUGGAGAGCAGCCAUUCUGUCCACGGGUGAAUCCGAAUUCCUCAAGACAUUUCAGUUGCCAAGGGACCGCGCGUCGUUGGCCCAUCUCAUGCGCACCGUGGCGACGACCAAAGAGCGCAAUGGGGACUUUGUUCCCCGUGUGAUCAUCAAGAGCAUCGCUGCCUCGUACAAAUCCCUCGACUUUGAUUCGAAGCAGGUGUUCCUGUUGACGUUGGCGCGCGACUUGCACGUCGACGCCCCCACGGUCCAGCAAACGUUGUCUUCGUGUGCUGCUAGCAUAUCCACAGUCACCCAAUCUGACACGGUCGACUGGAAUCACGACCAAGUGGACAAGUACCUGCGAUCGAUCCGAGCGUUGAGGGACAGCCUGACGCCCCUCUACGAACUCCUGUUUCGCCAACUGUUGUCGCAAUUGGACGGGGGGAUGCUCUUUCUCGUGCAAUUGCGUGCAGAUCUCCGCCAAGUGUUGGGAAAGAUAAGCAACUCCAAGGACGUCGUCGUGCUGCGCGCGUUGGACCAGCAUUUGCAAUCGUUUCUGGCAUCGUGGUUCAGCGUCGGGUUCCUCCGCCUCGAGCGCGUGACGUACGAACAGUCCCCGGGUGCCCUCCUUGAGAAGAUCAUCCGGUACGAAGCCGUGCACCCCGUGGGCACGAUCAUCGAGCUCAAGCGCCGCCUGGGCCGCGGUCGCCGCUGCUUUGCGUUCUUCCAUCCUAGUGUGCCCGACGAACCGCUCGUGUUUGUGCACGUGGCGCUGGUGCCGCGGUUGGCCGACAGCAUGACGUACAUCAAAGAGGCGACGGAGCAGUUGGCGGACGAGCAUGAAGCGAAUGCCGCCAUCUUUUACUCGAUUUCGUCCACCCAGCCAGGGUUGCAGGGCGUCGACUUGGGCAACUUUUUAAUCAAACAAGUCGCCAAGCGCCUGCAAGAGGACUUGCCUAAUAUCUCGGUCUACUCGACACUGAGUCCCAUCCCUGGGUUUACGGCGUGGCUGCAUCUAACGGGACAUUCAAACUUGACCGAUUCUGACGUGGCAGCACUGAAACAGCUUCGCGGCAACGACGACCAAGGCUUUGAUGCGAACGAGACGUUAAAGCGAGUGCUGGCCAUCCCGGACUGGCACACGACUGAACAUGUGGUGGCGGUGGUGCAGCCCAUCCUGAUGCGACUGGGAGCGCACUAUCUGUUCCGAGAAAAGAAACGCGGCAAGGCGUUGUGUCCCGUGGCCAACUUCCACCUUCGCAACGGAGCCAUCUUUGAGCGACUGAACUGGCUCGGCGAUAUGUCGCCCAAGGGGCUCAAGAACAGCGCUGGACUCAUGGUCAACUACAAGUACGAGCUAAGCCAAGUGGAAGCCAACAACGAAAACUACUUGCUCCACAAUACUAUUCCCAUUGGCGAGCAGCCAUUGUCGAUCCUUGUUGAUUGAUUGGCGAUUGAGUGUUAACAGUAAAGUGUAGAAUAAUAUACUAUAUUUGGUUGUCUUAGGCUCUGAUUGGCUGAAGAAAUCAAGUUUAAUAGUAUAUUGAGUUAUAUAGGGCACUUAAUAAC